AUGGAAUGGAUAAAAACAGACAGCGACAGGUCUUGCCGGAGUUUUGAAGUUCGCGGUGUUGACGGCGGAGCGGACCAGCUGGUUAUAGCAGGAGCCAGGAGAGGAGAGCAGCGUGCGGAGCUGGAGCUAAGGCUCGGGAUGGAUCGGCCGCUUGCUGGAAUGGAGUCACGCAGGAGAAACGCUGCGGUUCAGGGCAGUCAAGAGACGCUGGAGUCCACUGAGACCAGCUUAGACCUCCAGCCCUGUUAUGCUGCUGUCAGAAUGGCCAAGCUCAGUGUUUACCAUCGAGAGUCCACCAUAUAUAACGAUGAGGUGCUCAGGAUUGUGCUGGUGGGGAAGACUGGAGGUGGGAAGAGUGCAACUGGAAACACCAUCCUGGGAAGAAAACACUUUAAAUCAAAGUUCGGCCCCACGUCUCUGACUGUUAAAUGUCGUAAGGUUAGAGGUGUGGUGAAUGGUCAGAGGAUUGCUGUUAUCGACACUCCAGGCCUGUUGACAAGAUAUAACCUUGAGAAAACAGUGAAAGAUAUGACCCAGUGCAUUUCUUUUGCUGCUCCUGGUCCUCAUGUCUUCCUGAUAGUGAUCAGGCUGGGCAGAUACACAGAGGAGGAGAAGAAGACGGUGCAGAAGAUUCAGGAAACCUUUGGUGAAGAUGCAAACAAAUACAGCAUGGUUCUCUUCACUUAUGGAGACGAGCUGGAGGAUACCUCCAUUGAAGAGUUCCUGGAGUACAGCGAAGAGCUGCAAAAGCUUGUGAACCAAUGUGACGGCCAGUAUCAUGUCUUCAAUAAUAAGAAGCAGGAUGGCUCCCAGGUCACCAAGCUGCUGAGGAAAAUCAGACAAAUAACAAAGAAGAACAGAGGAAGCCAUUACACAAAUGAGAUGUUCCAAGAUGCUGAGAGGAAACUAGAGGAGGAGCUCAGGAUCGUGCUGGUGGGGAAGACUGGAAUUGGGAAGAGUGCAACUGGAAACACCAUCCUGGGAAGAAAACACUUGAAAUCAAAGUUCUGUGCCAAGUCUAUGACUGUUGACUGUGCUAAGGCUACAGGUGUGGUGGAUGGUCAAGAGGUUGCUGUUAUCGACACUCCAGGCUUGUUUGACACAAGAUAUAACCAAGAGAAAACACUGAUAGAUAUAUCCCAGUGCAUUUCUUUUGCUGCUCCUGGUCCUCAUGUCUUCCUGAUAGUGAUCAGGCUGGGCAGAUACACAGAGGAGGAGAAGAAGACGGUGCAGAAGAUUCAGGAAACCUUUGGUGAAGAUGCAAACAAAUACAGCAUGGUUCUCUUCACUCAUGGAGACCUGCUGGAGGAGACCUCCAUUGAAGAGUUCCUGCAGUACAGCAAAGACCUGCAAGACCUUGUGAACCAAUGUGACGGCCAGUAUCACGUCUUCAAUAAUAAGGAGCAGGAUGGCUCCCAGGUCACCAAGCUGCUGGAGAAAAUCAGACAUAUAAUAGACAAGAAUGGAGGAAGCCAUUACACAAAUGAGAUGUUCCAAGAUUCCACCAUAUAUAACAAUGAGGAGCUCAGGAUCGUGCUGGUGGGGAAGACUGGAAUUGGGAAGAGUGCAACUGGAAACACCAUCCUGGGAAGAAAACACUUUGAAUCAAAGUUCAGCCCCACGUCUACGACUGUUAAAUGUGCUAAGGCUACAGGUGUGGUGGAUGGUCAAGAGGUUGCUAUUAUCGACACUCCAGGCUUGUUUUACACAAGAUAUGACCAAGAGAAAACACUGAAAGAUAUGACCCAGUGCAUUUCUUUUGCUGCUCCUGGUCCUCAUGUCUUCCUGAUAGUGAUCAUGCUGGGCAGAUACACACAGGAGGAGAAGAAGACGGUGCAGAAUCUUCAGGAAACCUUUGGUGAAGAUGCAAACAAAUACAGCAUGGUUCUCCUCACUCAUGGAGACCUGCUGGAUGCCUCCAUUGAAGAGUUCCUGGAGUACAGUGAAGAGCUGCAAGACCUUGUGAACCAAUGUGAUGGCCAGUAUCACGUCUUCAAUAAUAAGAAGCAGGAUGGCUCCCAGGUCACCGAGCUGCUGGAGAAAAUCAGACAUAUAAUAGACAAGAACGGAGGAAGCCAUUACACAAAUGAGAUGUUCCAAGAUGCUGAGAGGAAACUAAAGGAGGAGAAAGAACAAAUCUUAAGAGAGAAGGAGGAAGAAGUCCGCAAAGAGAGAGAGGAACUGCAGAAGGAAGUAGAGAGGAAAUAUGAAGUGCAACUGAAGAAAAUAAAUGAGCAACUCCAAGCUGAGAGGGAGCGUGAGAAGGAGAGAGAGGAGGAGAGGGAGAGGGAGAGGGAGAGGGAAGAGAGAGAGAAGAGGAAGAGAGAGAGGGAAAAGAUAGAUGAGGAGAGGAGGAAGGAAAAGGAA